AUGUCGAACACGCCGGAGAGACAGAAUAGACAAUCAAAAUCGCCUGUUCCUCCUCAAGGCUCUCACAACAAAGAAGGAAUAGCCGAUAGCGACAAUAUUACGAGUCAGAACUUAAAUGCAGAUCAUGACACCAAUGGACUCGUGCCUGCAUUACCUGUUGUGCCUGGAGUUUCAAAGCUUCAGACAGAUAUAACAACCGUUGGUCCACCCAGUUCAAGAGCUGAAGGCCGCGAAUCUGACAGCCAUCCAAAGGAAAAGAAUGGAUGUGGUGAUGAAAAAAAUGGAUUACUAAGCGUGGCUGGUACUUCGCCACAUUAUUUUAGCGCACAAGGCAAACAUCAAUUUGCAGCCUCUCCAGGAUACCAGGCAUUACAUUAUCAAGAAUCCAAUAAUCAACCUGAAAACCACCAAGCCGAACUGUACGAGCGUGGCAACCAUCUCCCGUACGAAUAUCCACUAAAUAUACACCCCCCUCCUAGUCGCGACAAUACCUAUUUUCCUGAAGACUACGACCAUAACCCAGAUUCAAACUUCUUCGAAUAUCAGGAUAACCCCCGCCCCAACAACAAUAUGAGUUUAAGCUACGAGUCUAGAUCAUUUAUGACUGAUACACAGUACCCGAUGCAAAUGGCGCACGAAACGCAAGAACAAGACGAGUUCAAGCCGCACGAUGAGCAUAGUUACCCAAGUCCGCCGCCUCCAAUGUCCGAGAAUCCUUAUACCACACAGCCUAUGACGGAAACUCCAGACCACCCAUCGUUGGAACUACCAGAAUUACCAAAAGAUGAAGAAGAGGCGCCAUCACCCGGACGAUCAAAGCCAGUGCCAAAACCUGACAGAGAGAUUACCAAAGAUGCAAAUGGGAGAUUUUACUGUACAUGGCCCGGUUGUACUGAAGAAGUCAAAGAUUUCAAUAGGAAAUGCGAGUGGAGCAAACAUAUGGACAAACACGAUCGCCCUUAUAGAUGCAAGGAACCAGGCUGCGAAAAGCUUCCUGGAUUUACAUACUCUGGGGGACUUCUUCGACACGAAAGAGAAGUGCACGGAAAACACGGUGGGCCUAAAAAGCAACUAAACUGUCCUCAUCCCAACUGUAAACGUCACACUGGAAAAGGAUUCUCCCGUCAAGAAAAUCUUAACGAACAUCUUAGACGCGUGCAUACAGCAGAUACGGGAAUGACACAAAUUUCUCAAAUGAACAUGGAUGAAACGGAAGAAGAUGCUAGUCAAGCAAUCAUGACAGGCAUGAAAAGAAAACGCGGAAACAGCAAAGGAGAUAUUAGUGAACUUGAAAGUCUACGCGAGGAGAUCAAGAAAAUGAAGGCCGAAAAUGAUGAACUCAAACGACAAUCACAAGCUCAACAAGCACAAACUGCAGAAGUUAUGCGCCAACUGGUUGAACUUCAAAAUUUAGCAACGCUGCAGCAUCCACGGAUGAAUGCACCACAGGCUACUAUGUAAACGCAUGAAAGGGAUGGGUUGAGUUGAUAUGUUGGACGAGAUGAAAAGAGAACAGAUGUUCUUUGGUACGCAUGGAAAUAAUCUUCCUUUCUCUACUUUUUCUAGGACGGACAUUUGCUUGCAUGGUUUGGAGGGGAGCAUUUGGGGGAGUUAAUGGAUGUAGUCCUGGCACUUAUUUUGGCGUUCUUAUGAGAUUUAUCACCUGGUGAGGACGAACGGACGAACUUUUCCUUUUUUCUCUGUUACUGGGGGCGGAUUUCGAUUCAAAUUCGGCAGCGAUAGUCACUCUCGUACUCAUAAAUUUGUUAUAUAUAAGCUUGUAUUACUAUAGCGCGAGAUAAAAAUCACUACAUAUGAAAGAU